AUGCAACAUCCUAUACGCUCGAUCGAUUCUAUACUUAUUUGCUUGUGUAUUUGCUUUCUGGAUUUGAUAUCAGGUAGUGAAGAUGAAUUCCGACUGAUCCAAGAUCUCAGAAACAACUACGAUCCCAUAGAAAGACCUGUUCGAAAUCAUUUGGAACCGAUACGAGUCAAUCUUCGCAUUUUGCUCCAACAACUCGUCGAUGUGAAGAACCAAGUGAUCACUUUGGUACUCUGGACACAGUACACAUGGAAUGAUUACAAAAUGCAUUGGGAUCCGAAGGAAUACGGUAACAUCACCAAUGUUCAGUUACCGAAUAAUUUUCUAUGGAAGCCGGAUAUACUUCUAUUCAAUAGCGCUGAUGAGCACUUCGAUGCGUCAUUCCCUGUGAAUUUCGUGGUCUCAUCGAACGGUGACGUACUUUUGGCUCCUCCCGGCAUCGUUAAAGUCUCCUGUGAAUUAUCAAUGACGUGGUUCCCUUUCGACGAACAGAUUUGCUUUAUCAAAUACGGUUCGUGGACGUAUACUGGUUCAAAACUUGAUCUUCACAUCGAUGAUAGAGGUUUGAACGAAAGACACAAAAUGGAUUUGAUGUAUUAUGUACCUAAUGGUGAAUUUGAAUUAGUUGCAACGCCCGCCGACCGUGUCGCUUCUGUGUUCAAUAACGAACCGUAUGUGGAGCUGUACUUUAGGCUACACUUGAAGAGAAAGACAUUAUAUUAUGGUCUUAACUGGAUUGUACCGUCGAUCCUCAUCUCAAUCAGUAACGUUCUAGGCUUCACCAUGCCACCUGAGUGCGGUGAAAAGAUCACCCUUCAAAUCACGAAUCUGCUCUCGGUGACCGUGUUUCUCGGCAUGGUCUCCGAGAUCACCCCACCUACCUCAGAAUCCAUUCCAAUAAUCGCUGUUUUCUUCUCUCUUUCAAUGCUCAUACUGGGAUUAUCCAUUAUUGCGACGCUUGUUAUUAUAAAUGUACACUUUCGUUCACCAAGAACUCAUCAAAUGGGAGAAUGGACGCAGCUGGUGUUCCUGGAAUGGCUACCGUGGUUCCUUUUGAUGUCUCGCCCAGGCAAGAAAUUCAUUCAUCGAUCGCUACAUUGUUCUUCCUUGCCUUCGAAUGAAGACGAGGUGGGACUCUUAAGAGUUUUUAUUCAGAACCGCUUUGACGAAGAAGAUCGAGAUUCGGAUCUACAAGCGGAUUGGAAAUUCAUGGCUAUGGUGAUCGAUCGAUUGUCGUUGUUCUUGUUUACACUACUCAUUGUCGCCACGACGUCUCUGAUUUUCUUGUCAACGCCGCGAAUAUUUUCUGACUAUUAA